AUAUGUAUAUGAGGUUUUUAGAUAAAAAUAUAAGUUAUAAAAUUAAAUUAUUAAAAUAUAACAUAGAUACCUACAGUUAAAUGAUCUAUUUGCAUUAUAAUGUAUUUAUCUGUUUCACUUUAACAAAGUAGGUACAUAAUACAAUAUUAAUAUAUGCAGUAAGAUAUUAAAAUUAUUUACACUUUUAAGGAAAUCGAUUAAAACUAAUUUUUUGUGUCAAAAUUGUUAAUUAACCUUAAUAAUUAUCUAAGUGAGUGAAUAUAAAAAAUGUCAAUUCAAUUAAAAGUUGCCAGCAAAAAUAUUUCAAUCAAUAUAAUUUGGCUACGAGACAACUGCAGGUAGGUAUUAUUAAAAAUCACAUUGAUACUUUAAAUACAAAAUAUAAUUUUAUGAAUAUACUUACCUACUUAAUAUACUAUUUUUAUUUAGAUGUUCAGAAUGUUAUGAUCGUGAUAAUAAUAAUAGAAAGACAACUAUUCAACAAUUUCUCAAAACAAUUAAAAUUAAAAUCAAAGAUUAUAUACAUGAAGAUAACAAUUUAUGUAUUGAAUGUUAGAAUGACUUUUAUUAUAAAUAAUUUAAUGGAAUUUUUAGAUAAAAUUUUAUUAGAUACACAAUAAUAUUUUCUUUUUUUUCAUUGUAGGGUCUGAUGGACAUAAAUCCAUAUAUCCCACAGAGUGGGUUAUUGAUAUGUGGACAGGAAAUAAAAUUAAAAUUGAACCAUAUACAUGUCUUGGUGAAGAAAUCAUGAAAUUGCCUGCUAAAAUAUGUUAUAAUGAUCUGACCCAAGAAUUUGCUCAAAAGGAACUGAUAAAAUCGAUUUUAAAAUAUGGUAUAGGAAUUGUUACAAAUGUAAGUACAGAUACUAUGUAGAAAAAAAAGGUACUUUUAAUUGAACCAAUUUAGUUAACAGAUAGGUGGUUUCAAAAAUGUAGUAGUAUACUAUAAUAAUUUACAUAUAGUGGUGUAAACCGAUGCUUUGGAACUAAUAUGAUAUUGACUAUAACAUCUAUAACAUAUAUCACCAGGGCUCAGAUUUUAUAACAGUAAAAAUAACCGAAAUAUGUAUAACUAAACCAAUUUUUAAAAUAAGCGCUAUAACAUUCUACGAAAACAUGAAAAACAGCAAAAAAGAAAAUGUUUUUUUUUUUUUUAUAAUAUUAAAAUAUCUAAAUACAACCAACAAGAAGUCAUAAAUGUGUACUGUUUGAUGGGUCAAUGAUUCACUGGGUAACUUAGAAAUAUAUUAUAAUAUGAAAUAAAUAUAUGGGUAUUUUUCUUUUGAAUUUACAAAAUUGACUAGAUAUUAUCUAUUAUUUAUAAAAAAAUACAAAAUAAAUCAUUAUAUUAUAAAUGUAACCAAACACCAGCACCAAAACUUAAAAAAUAGCAUUAAAAAUCUAAAAUACUUUAGAUAUAGCAAUAUACAAUUUUAUAUUUGAAGAUCCUGGUGCAUAAAACAAAAUUAAAACUCGCUCUGCUUUUUUUUAUCUAUAAUUUAUAACAAUAAUUAGCAAAUGCUAUAAAAUCCGAACCCUGCACAUCACUGUUAAAUGAAUACUAAAACCAAUUAAUUUAUAACAAUAUUUAAAAUAAUUAAUGUACAUUAUUAUCUAUAGGUAAACCCAACAUUGGAAGCAACAGAAAAAUUAGCUAGAUUCAUAGCACAACCCCAACAAACUAUAUUUGGAACUAUGUGGACAGUUGGAAAAAACGAAAGUCAUAAAGAUCCAGCAUAUUUAAAUGGUCCAUUAAUAGUACAUAAUGAUAACACAUAUUUCUGUGAAAGUACAGGGUAAUAAUAAUAUUAAAUAACAAAAACUUUUUUUGAAACUUGUUUAAAUAGAAACAAAUUAAAUUUUGUAUCUCAGACUGCAAGUAUUUCAUAUGCUAGAAAGGGAUACUAAAGGUAAAGGAGGUUUAAGUAUUGUAAUUGAUGGUUUUAAAGUAGCAGAAAUACUGAAACAAGAAAGUCCAAUGCAUUUUAAAAAUCUCACUGAAAUUGAAAUAGAAUCUGAAUAUAUAGAACCUGGUGUUCAUUGUAAGUGGGCUGGGCCUGUAAUAAAAAUUGACCGUACAACAAAUGAAGUAUAUCAAAUAAGGUAAAUAGUCUCUUUUUUUGUCUUUAAUUGUUAAAAACAAUAUAAAUGAAUUCAGAAAAGAAAAAUAAUUACAUUGAAAAUGUCUAUUAGAUUCAAUAUAUAUGACCGCAGUCCACUACCACCAUCACAUAGCAAUGAAUUUUAUGAAAGUUAUGCCCACUUGGUUGAAAUAUUAGAAAGAGAAGAAAUGUGUUGGAAACAUUAUUUACAACCAGGAACUGUAGUAAUCUAUAACAAUUGGAGAAUGUUACAUGGCAGAACAUCUUUUACAGGAAAACGAAUUUUUGGAGGAUGUUAUAUAUCAAUGACAGAAUUCUUAAGCAAAGCUAGAACAUUACAAUUAAUAACAUAAUCUAAAUAAAUAAUUCAUAUUUAUAAGAGAAAAAAAACUUAAAAUUAUUAAAAAAAGUUUAACAUAAUUAUAUAGGUAGUGUUUUAAGUACUCACAUUAUUUUAGUUGCAGUGCUUUUAGGAAAUAUGAAAAUUACUUAAUGAUAAAAUCAAUAAUAAACACGGAUACCUGUAAUAAUAGAUUAUUAGUAAAGGUAUUAUGUACAACUAAAAUAUAAAUACACAAUUUUCAGACUGUAAAUCAUAAAUGUAGAUAUAUUAGGAGAUAGGUUAGACUAUAGUAUUGAUUAUAUAAUAAACAAAAUAAAAUAAAAUCAAUGGUACGAUUUAAGAUAAUAUUAUGUUUGUCCAAAGAACUAUAGAAAAAACCUCAUAUACGAUUAUAUACCAACUGUACGCGCAACUAGCGGUUAAAAUCGAUACUAGUUAUACACAACUGUAAGCACGUACGCACGUAUACCAUGAUUCAAUACAAGAUAUCUAUAAUAUUAUGUAUUUCAAAUUCAUGUCUUUAUUUGUAAUUGGUAGUGUAAACUGUCUCAUAAGCUCUCAUUAUUGAAUAAAAAUUCAAUCAAUUUAGGAAUCAUUGUUAUUUUUAAUUUUCUGAUAAUAUACAUUCCGGAUUAUCAGACCCGGUUAUCCCAAUGCCGCCAUUAUGCUGUCACCUCACCACCGAACAUAUCACCACCACAACCUUGCAAUUUUAGUACUUAACUCGAUUGGGGGUAAAUUUGCACAAUAAAUACAGAAAAAUCCACCAAUAUUAUAGAAGUUAUGUACAUUCGGAUGGAGAAACUUUCAAUACCAACCCCCCGUAAAUAUGACUACUAAACAAUGAGCAAAGUGGUAAUCUUUAACUUGUAAAAUAAUUUUAGCAGAAAUAUUUAUAAUCGGUGAAUUUUUUUGGGGUAUGGGUUAAAACUUGUGGACAAGCUAACCCCCUAAAUUUUUUUUUAAAAUCAAGCGUCAACAAAAAUUCGACCCUCCCUUCAUAAUUUAAAGUUUAAAGUUAUAGGAUUAAACACAAGGGUUUUAUUAGUAUUACCCACAGAUAUAUAAUAUAAGGUGAUUUUUUUAUUAUAAGCCAGCAAUUAUCUCAGAAAAUUUUAAGUGAUUUAUAUU